AUUGGAAUAUUCUGCUAGGUCACGUUCAAAUAGGGUUACAAUAUUAUUAGGUUAACAAGAAAUCAAAUAGGGUUACAAUAUUCUUAAGUCAACAAGAAAUCAAGAGAGAAACCAUGAAUCUUCCGGAAGAAAUAAUCUACAAGAUAUUGCCGAAUCUACCGGUGAAAUCCCUGUUGAGAUUCAAGUGCGUGUCGAAACAAUGGCGUUCCAUCAUCUCCAGCAAAGAGUUCAUCAAAGAGCACCUCAAGAAAGCGAGUACAAACCCUAACUGCACCCAUCAUAUGAUCACCAUGAAAUUCAAACACAGGUACUUACAGGGCGAGCAAACCCGUUCGUAUAGUCUUCCGUAUUUGCUCGAGGGCACCACCGCGGUUAUAGACGCCCACAUUCCCCGGCGGGAAAGUAACCGGUGCCACCUUCGAAUAUGGGGAUCGUGUGACGGGAUAGCUCUCAUCACUUCGAAUGCGGAAGGUAUGAUAUUUCUAUUAAACGUUGCAACUACAAAGUCGAAUGAAAUUCCGGCUUCUAACCCUAAAGAGAGAUAUCUUGGGGAUCAUAUUGUAUAUGGGUUGGGUUACGACGAGUCGACCGACGACUACAAGGUUGUGUGCAUUGAUGACGUCACUAAUCCGAAAUCCUACACGACGCAAAUCUACAGUUGCAAGAGUCUUUCUUGGAAGAAAGUCGAGAAUUUCAAAAAGGGUCUUGUUCCGUUGGAUGAUCCCGGCAAGUUUGUGAGUGGGAAGCUGCAUUGGCUGGCGGAGGCGGCGGCGGAGGCGGCGGCGGCGCGGGUGGAAUAUGGUGGUGGUGGUGGUGGUGAUCUUGAUAUUGUUUCUAUUGAUUUGGCGGAGGAGAAAUAUAAAAUCGUGCCUAAACCGGAGAAUUUUUCGACUUCGAUUCCGUAUCAAACGAUGUUGGGAGAUUUGGGAGGGUAUCUUAGUUUGGUUAGUUACGCGCCUAUGUUGGAUACAUAUGUUUGGGUUAUGAAAAAGUACGGCGUGAGAGAAUCUUGGACUAAGAUUUGGACACUUUCGGAUUUUGCUGAUCCGAAGACGUAUGUUAGAGGCGCAAUGCCGUUAUUUUUGAAGAGUAAUGGAGAUAUCUUAGUUACUUUCGGACCGUGUGUAGAUCUUUGCAAUGGAAAAAACAAGUUGCACGAGUCUCGGGCCGCUGCCAUUGACGAUUUGUUUAGGGCCGUUGUAAGUGUUCAAAGCUUAGUUUCGCCAUUUGGUGAUAAAGAAGAAGGUUUCUUGUGAUCAACGUAUUAUCCGGCCGGAGGCGUGCUUUCUCAAACGUUGGUUCGGUUUACCUUUCGAUUUUUGAUUUUCCUCUUUUGGUGAUAAAGAAAAAAACGUAGUUCGUAACGUAGUAAGAUUUUUUUGAACUUCGGUAUUUUGAAUUUCCGGACGCUGCACGGUACUCUUGGUUUCAACUUUUUUUUUAAGUGAUAUCAUACUUGAUAUGGUUGAGUAGUUUGGAAGUAUGUGUUUAAGGGAAAUUACAGUUUUCAUCCCUCAAGUUUGCACUAAUUUCACAUUUGACCUCUAUGUUCACAAAAAAUACAUUUGGUUCCUCGUGUUCCAGUAAUUUAAUACUUUUGAUCAUUUUCGUCAAUUUAUCGUUAGUACGUUAGUUAAGGCAGUGAUAGGCAUAAGCUUGAUUCCGUUAGUUUUAACGGAAAAUUGAUGGAAAAGACUAAAAAUGUUGAAUCUUUGAAACAUAAAGGACCAAAUGUUCUUUUUGUGAAUAUGAGACCAUAUGUAAAAUCGGUACAAACUUGAGAUAUAAAAACUGUAUUUUACUCUAUGUUUUAUUUUUUGGUGUGUUUAUUGAUUAUCUCUUUAGCUCGUGUUGAUUAGCUUUUGCCUUAGAAAUCUCGUCAUGGGUAUGCGAAACUUCUUCGUUUCCAUUAAUUUACUGCAAGUCCGCCGUUAAGAAAGCGAUGGGCACACGCUUGAUUAUGUUAGUACUAUAGGAAAAUUUGAUAAAAAUGACUAAAAAUGUUCAAUUCCUGAAACCCGGGGGACCCAAUGUGUUUUUUUCCCAACAUGGAGUACCAAAUGUGAAAUCGAUGCAAACUUGAGGGACAAACACCUUAUUCUUAUUUAAUUUCUUUGUUUCGAUGGAGAGAAAUACAUGGGAUUUGAUAAUAACGAGACGUAGAAGCAUAUGCAUUUUCAUGGUUUUUUUGUGUCUUACCAUCACUCACUGGCGGAGCCAGGAUUUUAAAUUUGCGGGGCCGAAUGUAUUAAAACUUGUAUGAUGGGUGCCGAUAUAUAAUCCCAAUUAAACAAUAUUUUUUCUAAAUAUUUACAUAAAAAAUAGUGACUCGAGAAUUCUUGUGGGGGCC